AUGAGCGCCGCCGUCUGCGUGGUGGUCACGGUGCCCACCGAGGCGGAGGAGCUGAGGCUGAGCCCCAAGCCGCCGGACAGCGCCCGAUGUUGCCCCAGCUGCGGUGGCUGCCAGAGGAGCAAGUGUUCCGCCCGCGAGGUGUGCGAGCGCUGCUGGCGACUUGGCCAGAUAGCCGGGGCCACUGGAGGCGAGGCAACAGCGCCUCCCCACAGCAGAGCCCUGCAGCUGCCCGAGCUCAAGGAGGACGCCUCUUUGGAGCAGCUGCUGCGGGCGAUAGCCGGGGAACUGCGGCUGGAGGACGUCUUCUGGUCGCACGACGUCACCGGGAAGCAGCUGCAGGCGCGCUUCGACCUCCUGCAGGACGAGCGCUACGAACGGCUGCUGUGCACCCUGCAGGACUGGGGCGUCGGCGAGCGACCGGGCACCCACGUGUCCGCCCUCACCUGCCUGGAGACGCGGUCCAAGCCGGGCCCGCAGAGCCCCAGGGCCCAGGUCGCCGGCGAUCCCGAGGAGCAGGGCCAGGAGCAGGGCUGGCAGAGCUUCAUGGACUCGGUGAGGUGCCGGCUGAACGUCAACCAGGUGGUGCGCCAGGUGCGCCGCGACGCCACCCUGACCUUCGACUUCGUGGUGCUGCUGAUGGCGGCCGCCCUGCUCUCCUGCGUGGGCCUCGUCGAGAACAGCUUCCUGUUCCUGUCCAGCUCCAUGCUGAUCUCGCCCCUGAUGGGACCCAUAAUUGCGGCCAUUUUCGGCUCGGUGAUCGGCGACCGCGAGCUGCGCUGGCUGGGCCUGAAGAACGAGCUGCUCGGCAUCGCCGUGUCCGUGGCCAUUGGCUUCUUCUUCGGGGCCAUCGUCUGUGGCUUCGGCCACUUCUUCGCCAUAUCCGCCGGCCUCACGGAGGAGAUCGUCUCCCGCUGCGACACGCACUCCCUGGCCAUCGGCGUCUGCACCGCCCUGGCCUCGGGGGCGGCCGGGGCCAUAGCGGUGCUGGGCGGCAACACGGGCUCCCUGGUGGGCGUGGCCAUCUCGGCCUCCCUGCUGCCGCCGGCGGUGAACGCCGGCCUGCUCGGGGCCCUGGCCAUCGGGUGCCAGCUGCUGCCCGCCGACCACGAGCUGCUGGCCAGCCUGACGAAGCACCGCACCUACUCGGCGCUGCUCUCCGUGGAGCUGCUGGUCUGCGCGGCCGUCAGCAUGGCCCUGACCCUGCUGAACAUCGUCUGCGUCUGGCUGAUGGGCGUGGUGGUGCUGCGGAUCAAGGAGGUGGCUCCGGCGGUGCGGCGGCAUCAGCAGUUCUGGCGCCACGACGUGCGCACUGCCCGCGAGGUGGGGCUCCUGGACCCGGCGCUGCAGAGCGCCAUCGACCGCCUGGACGAGUCGCAGCUGGACGUGGAGGCGCCGCACUACCAGCGCACCUGGUCGCCGGGAAUGGAGCGGCAGGCGCGCAUCGGGGGCUCCGAAAUGGCCCUGGCCGGCUGCAAGGAUCAGCCGGACAACUACCACACGGUGCACGGCUUCCAGGAGUUCUGCAUCACGCUGCACCGCCUCAAGUCGGCGCACAAGGAAGCCCAGCCGCCGAGUGUGAUGGAGCUGUUUGCCCAGACCACUAAUACCACCACCACCACCACCACCACGGGGGGCAGCGGCUUCAGCAGCUGCCGCAGUCUGCCGGACGUCAGCAGCCAUUCACGGCUCUGGCCAUCCAGUGCCACGAGCAUCCAAGGCGUGGCAGCCACGGCAUCGCAGGGUCUGGCUGGCAGGGAGCGCGGCAAGCGGAGUGUCCACUGGCGCGAGGAGCAGCUGGGGAGGGACCUCGUCCUGAGCAAGGAGAUUCUGGGCAGCAGGGAGGGCAGCCCGCUCGGAAGGACCGGCCAGGUCCUCAUACCCCUGCCCAGUCUGGAGCCCCCGGCCGCGGCCGAUCGACCCCUGCAGCUGCUCCCCCACGGCAGGCCACAGGUCACCAGGCCCCCGGAGGAGCAGGACGAGUUCCAGGCUUAG